AUGACGAUUCCUGGAUCGCGACCAGAAUUGAAAUCAAUUGUUCUGUACUCGCACACUGACGUUGUACCGGCCGUCAAGGACCAAUGGAAGUAUGAUCCGUUUUCCGCACAUAAGGAUGAGCAUGGUAAUAUUUACGGACGAGGGGCGCAAGACAUGAAGUCGGUUGGCUCGCAGUAUUUCGAGGCGAUCAGAAGGCAUUUUCAACGCGGAAAGAAACAGUGGCCAAGGACCAUACAUAUUGUUUGGGCUCCAGACGAAGAAAUAGGAGCCGUGGAUGGUAUGCAAAAGUUUGUGGAGAUGGCAGAGUUUCGUGAUCUCAAGCUAGGCUUCAUGCUUGACGAAGGGUUGGCAUCCGAGACCUCCUCGUACAAAGUCUACUAUGCAGAACGAAAUCCAUGGUGGUUGAAAGUCACUUGUAGCGGAUCGCCCGGCCAUGGCUCGAAGUUCAUUGAGAACACGGCUGUCGCAAAGCUGCAAUCCUUCAUCAACAGCGCACUGUCAUUCCGGGAGGAGCAACGCCUUCUGCUGGAAAACGAUUCUUCAAAACGGUCAGGAGACGUGAUCACGCUGAAUAUCACGAAAGUUGAGGGUGGUGUACAGGUGAACGUGGUACCGGAUAGUUUCACGAUACUGGUCGAUAUACGUAUGCCGCCAACAGCCAACUUUGAUGAAAUGGAAAAACUUGUUGCAAGUUGGUGUACAAAAGCAGGCCCUGGCGUUACCUACGAAUUUAUUGUGAAAAACCAAAUCUCUGCUGUAACGCCAACGACAAGUGAUGAUCCGUUCUGGUCAGCUUUUGAGAAGUCGCUCAAGGAAGAGAAAUGCAGUUUCGACAAGGAGGUCUUCACCGGUGCCACGGAUUCACGAUUCGUGCGAGAGCUUGGAUAUCGUUCCAUUGGCUUCUCCCCGAUGAUCCACACGCCGUCGCUGCUCCAUGACCACAAUGAGUAUCUCAACGAGGCAGUAUUCCUAAGAGGCGUUGAAAUCUAUGAAACACUGAUUAACAACCUUGCUAGUGUAGAAGGUGUAUGA